CUCAGUGAGUGAGUGCGCGCACGUGGGUCAGUCUUUGCAGCAGGAACAGAGAAGCGGCGCGUCGUCGCUGCUGUACCGCAAUGAUGGGCGGCAGACCGAGCGCGAUCACCGCGGGCGUCUGCGUCGCGAUGUUCGUCGGGUACUGUAUCUAUUUCGACAGAAAACGACGAAGCGAUCCAAACUUCAAAACCAGGCUCCGUGAACGGAGACGGAAGCAAAUAGCUGCUCAAGAUAAACCUGGACCGGCUCAGCUUCCAGAUCUCAAAGAUGCCGGAGCCGUGCAGAAGUUUUUCCUCGAUGAGAUUCAGUUGGGAGAGGAAUUGCUGGCACAGGGAGAUUAUGAGAAGGGUGUGGACCACCUGACCAACGCCAUCGCUGUGUGCGGCCAACCCCAGCAGCUUCUCCAGGUGUUACAGCAGACUUUGCCACCACCUGUGUUCCAAAUGCUUCUGACCAAACUACCGUCAAUCAGUCAGCGGAUUGUGAGUGCUCAGAGUCUGGAGGAAGAUGAUGUGGAGUGAGGGGGUUUGUUCCGUGAUGUGAAGCAAUUGUGUGUCUCCUCUUGUCUUAUUUAUUUCCCACACCUCAUACUUCCUGUUUCCUCACGGUUUGCAAAAUCGCAGUUCAUAUACAAAGGGUGAAUGUUAUAUUUGAUUCCAAGUGUCUCUUGUCACAACUACGGGUUUGUGGUUUUUCAUGAAGUGAUUUAUUACAUCAUUGACUGGUGUUGAUUGACCGUGUACAGUAAAGAUCAUCAUAUGUUCUGGAUGAAAGCACUUCUCUUUUAACGUGUCAUUUUAGACAGUUCUCAUCCACGUGCUUUAAUUCCUUAGCGUUCUUCUUUUCAAAUCACAUGUUCUAAAGAGUAUGAUGAUGUUUUGUAAUUUGUAUUACAACAUUUCCUUUUGUACUUAAAAAUAAUAAAAUGUGCUCAAGAAAAUCG